AUGGAAGACUCUCCUGCUGCUUAUAUCCACCUGGUGCACCGUUUGAUAGAAGAGUGUAUCUUAUUCAACAUGAACCAAGAAGAAUGCAUGGAAGCUCUUUCCAAACAUGCAAAUAUCAAACCAGUUAUCACCUCUACCGUUUGGAAAGAGCUAGAGAAAGAGAAUAAGGAGUUCUUUGAGGGAUACUUGAAGAACAGAGAAAAGAGAGCUUCGGAGACAGAGACGAGGCAAAGGAUACAAAACAUGGUUUUGGAUUCUUCUAAAUAA